CUUUCUCCACUCCAUGGCCACCCGUCUUUGGUUUGAGAACAACUGCGAAGUUGGCCUCUUUUCAAAACUCACUAAUGCCUACUGCUUAGUUGCUGUUGGAGCCUCUGAGAGCUUUUAUAGUGCUUUUGAGUCAGAGUUAGCUGAUGAUAUCCCUAUCGUUAAGACCUCUAUUGGAGGAACACGGAUCAUUGGGCGCCUAUGCGUUGGAAACAGGAACGGGCUUCUUGUGCCUCAUACAACUACUGACCAAGAGUUUCAACACUUGAGGAACAGUCUACCUGAUCAAGUUGUGGUCCAGAGAAUCGAGGCGCGUCUGUAUGCUCUUGGAGACUGCAUCGUCUGCAACGACCAUGUUGCUCUUGCUCACAUCGAUCUCGACGAGGAGACUGAGGAAAUAGUAUCGGACGUUCUCGGUGUCGAAGUUUUCCGUCAGACGAUUGCAUGCAACAUUCUUGUAGGCUGUUACUGCGCCUUGUCCAACAGAGGUGGCAUCGUCCAUGCUUACACCUCGGAGAAAGAGUUGGACGAGCUCUCGGCGCUGCUUCGAGUCCCGCUCGUUGCGGGGACUGUGAACCGUGGUAGUGAAGUUAUAGCUGGUGGAAUGACCGUCAAUGACUGGACUGCUUUCUGUGGCUCAGCCACAACUGAAACAGAGCUCUCUGUUAUAGACAGCGUCUUCGAGCUAAGUGAAGCUUGUGAUAUAAACAAGGUCUCAACAUCGGAAUGGGAUUUGCUUGUGACCAAGUCAGAAGUCCCGGUGUUGGUUAUGUUCAUACAAGAUGGGCUCCCCUCAUGUCGAUACGUGAGGCAUGUAAUGGACGAAUUCGACUCGAAAUACACUGGUCGGUUCAAAUUCUACACACUCAACGUUCAUGAAGAGAGAGGCAUCGCAAUACGCUACGACAUAUUCAAUGUCCCGGCUAGUAUUGUCUUCAAAGGCGGAGACGAGGUGGCUAGAGUAUAUGGAUUCCAUCUUUAUGAAUUAGAAAGACUAGUGAAGCAGUACGAUUACUUGGUCUAUGCAUCCAAGCUUAAGGGUAACUUAGCAAAAGAAAAUAAUUUGCUAAUCAAGACAAUAAAUCACCAGAAAAUCAAAGCAGAACUGAUAAAUUCAUUUGCAUAUGUAGGCAUGUGUGUUUUGGUAUUCAGCUCUGUUCUUUACUUUUCUUUUCUUUUUGUUCUCGGAUACUCUGAGUAACCGCAAGUA